UGACAGUUCGUAUCGUAUCGUGUCGUAUCGUAUCGCAUGCUGUCACAACAAAAUGCGGUUAAGUUAGACACAACAAACAGGCAAAACAAUACAAGACUGAAAGAGAAACAAGCCAUAAAUUUAACGGUAAAACGAAACCGAGUCGGAAUUUUGUGAGUUUGGUGCAGCGAGGAAAAAAAAUCGAAUUCAAUAUGUCGGACGAGCCGAGUAGUAAACGACGCAAAAUGGACAACAAGAAAUACUACAAAAAUCAGAACAAGCCCAAGAAUUUCUUGGAGCCGGGCAUUCGCGGCUUUUUGGCAACAUGCAAUUUUCGUGAAAAGGAUUGCGUUCGCGAAUGCUACAAUUUGCUGAACGAGUACGCUGAUCAACAAGAACGCGACGCGGCCAUUGAAAGUGAAAAACCACAGCCGAAAAAUGUGAUGAACGACAGCGGUACUGUCGGCGAAGACGAAGAAGAAGAAGAAGACAUUUCGUCGAUGUUGGAAAAGGAAAUCCAAACGAUCACCACCGACAAAAAGUUCGAUCGCCAUCGUUUUCAACAGGUUGAAACCAAGAUUUCGAAUUGCAUUUUCAUCAAAACAACGAUCAAAGACCACAGUGAACUUGGUAUACGCUUGGUGCGUGACAUUGCUGAAACGAAGAAUCAAAAGACACGCUACCUACAGCGUAUUUGGCCAGUUGAUGCAGUUUGCAAGGCAAACAUUGGUGACAUCAUCACAUCUGCCAGCAGAUUGUUUGACAAAGUUUUCCUGAACACCGAGCCCACAACAUUUUCGGUGAUGGUCAACAAGCGACACAACAAUACAUUCGAUCGUAUGAAAACAAUUCAAGAAAUUGCCGAAUUGAUCGGUUUCAAGAGCCCAGCACACAAGGUUGACUUGAAAAAUCCGAAAAUCACGGUCGCCAUUGAAAUCAUCAAAGGUUUGUGCUGCAUCAGUCUGUUGCCUGAUUACCAAAAAUUGAAGAAGUACAACGUGUUCGAGCUGACGCAAACGAAGGAAGAAAAACCGGCUGACGACGCAAAGACGGGCGAAACACCAGCCGAUGAGGAAAAGAAUGAUGAUAAGUCGGCUGACGAGCCAGAGAAAGACGGAAAAUCAACUGUUGAGCCAAUUGAAGGGAAACAAGUGGCCGAUGAGCCAAAAAAGGAUGUUGUUUCGGCGCAUGAAUCAAAACCCAACGAAAGUGGUGACAUGAGCCCAGACGAAGCAACCGCACCCGAAGCCAACGGCGAGCAAUAAUCGAAAUACACUUUCUUCCUAAUGGUUAGGCUACCAUUUUGAUUUAGCUUAUUUCAUAAGAAUAAAAGAUUUAUUUCUACGUCUUUUUUACUUCAAAACCAAAUCGAAAUCGAGAUUUGAAUAAAACAAUUUAUUUCCAUAAUAAAAA